AUGGCAGUGUAUACUUCAGACGCGGCAGCAUUGGAAGCUGCCGGCAAGAAACAGGUGCUGAAACGAGAAUGGAACUUCUGGGCACUGCUGGGGAUGUCAGCGACGACAUUGUGCACCUGGGAAGCCACCAGUGCCUUGUUCGCUGGGGCAUACACUAAUGGCGGGCCUGCUUCUGUGGUAUACGGCUUCAUCGUGUCUGUGUUUGGCACGCUGUGCAUUGCAGCUUCUUUGGCCGAAAUGGCCUCUAUCUCACCAAUUGCUGGAGCGCAGUAUCAUUGGAGCGCCGAGCACUCGCCGCUCGAGUGGCGCGCCCUCAUCAGCUACAUCCAGGGCUGGAUCACCAUUACUGGCUGGGUUGCAGCCGUGGCGUCGGUCUGCUACCUGAUCGCUACCAUGAUCCAAGGGGUCGCCAUCCUCAACUACUCCGGGUAUCAGGCGGAAAGAUGGCAUGCGACCUUGAUUAUGAUUGCAUUCGCUGGGAUUGCCGCUCUCGGCAACACCCUUGGGAAGAAGCUGUUGCCUCUCUGGGAGACCUUGGGAGGGGUUCUACACGUGCUGUUUUUCUUCAUUGUCAUGAUUACCAUCCUCGCGACCAGCGAUAAGUCGAGCAAUCGCGACGUCUGGGCUACGCUGAUCAACGACGGUGGCUGGAGCAGCGACGGCGUCAGCUUCUGCCUCGGGUUCCUGACCCCGGCAUUUGCUCUGGCCGGUGUGGACGCAGUCGUCCACAUGAGCGAAGAGGCCUACGAUGCGCCCUUGAAUGUGCCGCGAGCCAUGAUCUGGUCGGUGGUGAUCAACGGGACGGCCGCCUUCGCGUAUAUCUUGACCAUCCUGUACGCCAUCACCGAUACCGAUGCCGUGUUUGCGACCCCCACCGGAUAUCCGAUCAUCGCUGUUUUCCUGCAAGCGACCCGCAACCAGAAGGCGGUCACGGCCAUGAUGACCGCCGUCAUCCUGGUGUUUUCCAUGAACCUGUUUGGGUGUAUGGCCUCGGUCUCGCGACUGAUCUGGGCGUUCUCCCGUGACAAGGGCCUGCCGUUCUCAGGCUUCUUCUCCCACCUCACGGCGUGGAACAAGUGCCCGACCAAUUCGGUGCUCGCGAUCUUUGUUUCCGUCUCGCUGCUCUCCUUGAUCAACAUCGGGUCAACGACUGCGUUCAACGCCUUGAUCUCGUUGACGACGCUGGGCUUCUAUUUCUCCUACGCCAUUCCUACGGUCUUGUUUGCGAUGCGUCGAUUCAGCACGGACAAUCCGAUCCGAUUUGGACCGUGGACGCUGGGCCGGUUCGGUCUGGCCAUCAACAUCCUGUCGGUUGUGUUCUGCCUCUUCCUCAUCAUUUUCCUGCCGUUCCCGCCAAUCCUGCCCGUCACCAGCCAGAACAUGAACUACGCCUCUCCUGUUUUCGUGGGGGUCAUGGUCAUUGCCGCGGUCAACUACUUCCUUCGUGCCCGCAAGCGAUUCCAUGGUCCGAUAAAGGAAGUUAGCAGCGAAACCAGCAGUGAAAAUGUUGUCCAUGAGUCAGUCAUGUCGGAGAAGCAGGCGCCGGAUUCCUAG